AUGCUUUCAGCCAAGCAGCGAAUACGGUUGAGGACGGCUAUUCUGAACGGCUAUCACCUCGGCAAUAUGGCGCUUUCAGUUUUAUUCGUCUUUUCGAAGGUUACGCCCGGCAUUUGCAGUUUUGUUUUCGCGGAUGAAACGCGGUGCACGCUUGAUUUUAGAGAAUAUGAAAUUUUCAUUUUUCUCUGUUUUAUGAUUUUUUAUAAAAAUCGAAAGGCAGCUAAUUGGUUGCAUUAUCUUGCAAACGUUUAUUUAUUCUCGAAAAUUGCGAAUAUUUUUUUGUUCAUGAGAGCCGAACCGUUAAUUGGUAUUAUAUAUGCCAUGCUUUCACAUUUUGUUUUUUUCCCAGAAAAACCAUAUGUUGGACCACAGUCAGUCACUAAUUUCAACUCUGAUGAAUUGUAUAAAGAAGUGGAAUGUAAUAAGCGGAUUUCGUGGCUCGUCCAAUUUUAUACUUCAUGGUCACCAACGUGUAAAUAUGUCACUCCAGUAUUCGCUGAUCUAAGCGAGAAAUUUUCUCUGCCGAAUUUUCGUUUUGCUCGUCUUGAUGUGGGGCGUUGGCCGAAAGAAGCUGAACGUUUCCGAAUAAACACACAUCCAAGAAGCCGGCAACUUCCAACUAUAUCACUUUUCAAAGAUGGUAAAGAAGUAAUGCGUCGACCAACGAUACAGAAUAAACGAGCAAUACCAUUUGUUUUCACAGAGGAGAAUUGUAUUAUAGAAUUCGGUCUUCAUGAUUUAUAUAAUGAAUGCAAAUCGAAAAUGACGAAAAUUGAGAAAGCAAAAUUCAAUAACGAUCAGAAAAAGUUGGACUAA